AUGUUUUCUCAACUUGAAAUAGAAAACCUCCUGAUCUUCCUACUAAAUCCAAUUAAUAAUCAUAAACAACAUCUGACUGAUUCUCAUAGAAUAGAAGUGAUUAAAAAUCAUCGUCAAUGGGAGAAAACAACAUUAGAUGAAAAACACAAUCCAUUCUAUAAAACUAUUUCAACUACUGUUAAACCUCGAGUUAAACAACAAUCAGACAAAUUAUUAAUUGGUUUAAAACCAAUUACAUUACGAGAAAUGAAUUCAAGAAAAGAUCAUGUUUAUACUGGCCGUGUACUUUCUGUAACGAUUAUUGAAGAAACAUUAUCAUGGAUACCAUCAAUUCAUCUGGUCAUCGAAGAUGCAAACUUUGAUUGUGAGCGAAUGCUCAUUUAUGGAAUUCUGGAAGAAGAAGGCGAAUAUUUGAUUAGCAAAUUGUAUACUGUUGGGAAAAAAAUCCAUAUUAUCAAUCCAUAUUUACGAAUAGGAGCAAAUGAUAUGAAACCAUCGAUUCGUGUUGAUGAUAUUUCUUCGAUUGUAAUGCAAAGUAAAUCUGAAUGGAUAUUAAACAUCUGUCGAUAUUGUUGCGAAGCAGGUGCAUCGAAGUUUUGUGGUAAAUGUAAGCAAGCUUAUUAUUGUUCAAAAGAAUGUCAAACCAAGGAUUGGAAAUUAUAUAAUCAUAAACUUAUUUGUAAAAGUUAA